GUUAGACUGCACGUCGUGCCCUGGUAGUCGACUAACACAACGAUGACUUUUGUUCACAUUUACUAUUGAUUCUAUCAGAUGGGAGACCAGUCACUUCUUGAAAGGAUUAUUACUUUCAGCCUAAUCUAAAGCGACGUCAUGGCAAGCGUUGAGUUGGGACCUGAAGUCGGCAAUUGUGAAGUCUCCCUUCGUUUUAGCCGCUACAAAACCAGUGUGCCAUCAUCGUGUGAUGUGCACCGAGGAUGUCGUGCAUUCAAAAUGAGGGUUCUUUCUGUCCGUUACGAUAGGAGAAGCAGAUGUGGUCUCCGGCAUGCGACGUGGUGGCCGUGAAGGAAUCAAUGUUUUCGGCCUCCAACAAGAGCUCGGCGAGCUUGUCUCUUCAUCUCUCUCCUUCCGGGUAACCGUGACUCUUCGUUGCCGACUCAAGCCCAAACGCCACCCAUGAAAAGCAUUCCCAAAUUGUUUCCUUUUAGGCCAAGAAGAAGCAAAAGAGAGCGAUGCAGGUGGAGCAGCCGAGCUCGUCCCUUGCAUUUUUGGCUGCUACUCUUAAAAUUGCAAAUGAGAGAAGAAGAGCUCUAACUUUGUGAGGUCUAGUUAGGGUCCGUUUGGUUUACCUUUUUCAAGAGCUUCGAGCCUUUAAAGGCCCUUCGGAAAAAUUUGGAGUGUUUGGCAAGGAAUCCCUUAAGUCAAAUGCUAGUUUUGGCAAAUCUCAAAGCAGGUCUUAGAGUGUGCGCUUGGGUCUAUAGACCAAUCGAGCUGUCUAAGUGGACGGAGACUACGAUAAGUUCUAAGCGGCGUUUCGACAAACACAGAGAGGGCGCUUCUUUGGGAACACUACGCAGCGCCAUGAGCUCUCCAUCCUCACCUUCUCGCUCCCGCGCCGCCCAUGGCGGCGGCGGCGACAACAACAACAGGAAGAGCGGCGACGAGCGGCCGAGGUCCUUCGACUCCAAGGCGAAGAGCAAGUGCUGGGCGGCCGCCGCCGUCGUCCCCGGCAGGCACCCCGAGCGGUGGCGCCAGGACGCCGCUGGCAACGUCGUCUGCAAGCGCUUCUGCAACUGCCAGGGCUGCCUCUGCUUCGAGUACGACCACAUCGUCCCCUUCUCUAAAGGCGGCGAGUCCACUGCUGACAAUUGCCAGAUACUUCAGACGAGGGUGAACAGGUUCAAGUCGGACAAAGAACUGGUGGAUGCGACUCAGCUCAGAGGCUACUCUUGUGACGUCCAAUUUACAGAUAAAGAGCUUGACAUAAUCGAGAUGGCUGUUUAUGGGGAUGUAAUCCGGCCGGGAAACCAAUGCAGGUGUAGAACUGUUGCAGAGAUGCUGGGUACGUACAAGCCAAAAGACCCCAAGGCAGCUUGCAAGCUUCCAUACUCAAAUGAAACGUUGUAGCAGAAGAAUAUUGAAGCCCCUCUCAAUUGGAAUGGGGCGUCCGAAGAAAAACCCGUAUUGUUUGCAGACAUUUGCACCUAGCAGAUUGAAAAAAGAUAAUGCUUUGAUGAGCUGUUGAUUGGAACAAUACAAUUAAGUUGGCUGUGAAAUGUAACUUAUGACUUCUCUACGCUUAGAUAUUUCUAUCUCAUCUGAAUUUGAAUCCA